GAAGACUCUGAAAUAAGAAUAGCAGCUUAUUUGGCUAUUAUGAAAUGUCCAUCAGACGAUCUUAUCAAGGACGUUCGAACCAUCUUGGAAGCUGAAGAGGCCAAUCAAGUCAGCUCCUUCAUCUGGUCACACCUUACCAACUUGAUGGAAACUUCUAGCCCACAUAAACAGAGCAUCCGAGACAUCGUUCAGGACCAGAGAUUGAAGAAAUCCUUUGACUUGGAAAGAAUAAAGUAUUCCAGAAACUACGAGGGAUCGUUUAUGUUGGAAAGUUUGAAUACUGGUGCUGUUGCUGAGAGUAAUGUCAUC